AAAAUCUCAAUUGAAUACACCUUGUCGUGUUUUUUUUUUUUUUUAUAGUUGUUCAUCUUAUAAAUGAAUUUAUACGAUGAAUCCAAGGGGGGAGAAAAGUUCACCAAGGCAAAAGUACAUUUUUCAUGGUACACGUAGAAGAGGUUAACUAGAAUAAUGACAUCAUGCAUGUGAAAGAAACUUCCCUAUCUCCGUUUCAUUGUCUCAUUCUUUCUAUUAUUUUCCUCAUGUCAUCUAUCGGAGGAAGAAUGAGAUAGAGAAAGAGAGGGGCAAUGAAGUGUUUCUCUAUGCUUAGGCCGGCCAGAAAGUAACAACCAAAGUAGUGUUUGCAUAGACAUUCUAAGAAGUCUCCUCUUUCACUUUCUUAGAUUAUGUGCCCACCAAGUCCCUGACGUGCCCAAAUUGACUUGAAUUAAUGCCUUCGGUUUUCCUUUCAGAGUUUAUAGUUGAGGAAGAUGAUUAUGUGCUCAAAAAGAUGAUAUAGCUCUUCUUGUUUUUGUCACAAUAGAAGUAAACAAAAAAGAUGGCUGGGCUUGGAAGGUUUCCUGGGGUAGAUCUGCCUCCAAGAAGAAGAAAACCAACCCACCGUCAAGAAAGUUAUGCCAAGUAUAGAGAAGCACCACCGCUGAGGGAAUGGCUGGAGCCAUCCGUGAACCAAGUGACCUCCAUGGAUUUGGAUGAAGCAACUCACAAAGCUCGCAGGAGGCUAGAGAAGAGGCUUGGCUAUUGCAGACCCUCCUCAAGUAGAAAAGAUGCUGCAAUGGGUUCAAAUUCAAAAGGAUUGGGCAGGUCAUGGGGCUUCUUCUCUGUGAUCAGCAGAAAUGUACGAGCAGAGAGAGAUGUUUGUGCUAUUUGCUUAGAAAGUUUUGAGGCAGGAGAGCAGGCCAUGGACCUCAGUUGUGCCCAUAAGUUCCACUCCAAUUGUCUUCUGCCAUGGCUUCAUGCCCAUCCAGAUUGCCCUUAUUGUAGGACCCCUGUUUCUUAAUAUUCAAUCAAGCAGAAACAGCCAUCCAGUUCCAGAUUCCAGAGCUACCUGCAGGGCAUGGCUGCAUCAUGCACGCCCAUUUUGUAAAGAUGGUUUCACAUGCUUGGUUGUAUCAGCAAUCUUGUUUCAUGUGUUAAAUAAUGUGCAGUACUUACUUGUAAGAUUUAUAGUUUGCUGAAAGAUGUUAUUUUUCCAGGAUUAUUGCCCAUUUUGCCUUAGACAUAAUAAUAAUUUUAAAAAAAAA